CUCUCCUUCUCCUCCUUUAUACUUUUUUAAAGAACGGUGACUGGCCGUUACCAUGGAAAUGUGCGUGCAAAAUUUGUAUCCACGACUGCGACCGCGGCUGCUGGGAAUUCGAGAAAAGCUCUCGUUGAAUUACGAGCCACUAAAGAGGCUCUGCGUGAGUCGUUUUCGCGUUCUCCGUGCAAUACUACCAGCAGCUACCAGCACCACCCACCAUCACCAACACCAUCAUCACCAUCACCAUCACCAUCACCACCGGUGGAAAACGGAGAAACGAAUUUUCUAAAGAAACGCGAGCCUGCAGGAAAAUGGAUAUGUCUCUCUUCUCGAGCAAACGUGCCCCGGGCA